AGUAAUACACAAAUGUCUAAAGGAAACUCUCUGCUUAAAUACUUUAUAUUAAUCCUUCAAAUCAUCUUUCUGCAAACAUGCCAUGCUCGGAAGAGCAAACACUACUGUCCUCCUUCUGCUUGUGGCGAUAUCCGUAACAUAAGCUACCCUUUUCAUUUAAACACCGAUCCAAAAUAUUGUCGUUUUACAGGAUUUGAAUUAGCUUGUGAAGGUAACCAAACAGUUAUAUGGUUUUUCUCCAAAAAGUUGCACGUUCAAGGCAUCGGCUAUGAUAAUCAGACAAUUCACCUGGUUGAUCCGACUUUACAAACACAAGGACAAGAUGAUCUAUGUUCUUUCAGACCUCAGCUUAAUUUCUACCAAUACAAUAUAAUCUUUCAAUCAUAUACGUAUACUAAUGGAUAUUAUAAAACAAUAGCUGAGCCUAUCUUCAUGUUCAACUGUCCGUUUGCUGUUAAUAAUUCUUCGACAUUUGUGGAAAUUAGUGGCUGCAAAUUAAGCAGAUACACUUAUUUAAAGAUUGGAGAAAUGAAUGUCUCUGAAGUGAGUGAUGGAUGCAGAGCAGAAUUUAUAGGCUUUACCUCAUGGCCCAAUAUUAAAGAUGCAGAGAUCAACAUUUCCCUUUCUGAUUUUCAUCAAGCAAUCCUUUAUGGCUUUGAGCUCUCUUAUCUGUAUUGGAAUUUCGGAAAAAGGAUAAGUAACGACUUCAACUAUAUAUGAUUUUCUCCUUUAUUAGGAAAACAAUGGAUUCACUCACUACAAUUUGAUUUCUUCAUGUCUUUGUAGGUGUUGCUUUAAUGAUUCUCGGUGAGUACUCAAACUUUUCUCUACAUAUGCUUUUAAUUCUCCAUUGAUCUCUCAUUCUAAAUAUUUUGCACUUUAAUCAAACCAGG